AUGAAACCAGAAAGCAGUCGGCAGAAUAUAAUAAACUCGUUCGAGGGUCAGGUGCUUGCAAGAAGUGAGGGGCAGCAGAUGGAAGGAAGAGGGCUUUCAGACUUCUAUAGGAAUACAAGUGAGGAGUUGAUCCUGAGAUCUUAUAUGGAGAGCUCAGUUGCAACGCCUCUACCAACCAUGGAGAUGCUUGGCUUUAAGAAUUUGUCUCAAAACUUUCGUACAGAUAGCGAGGAGCUCUUCAAAAGCUGGCUCACAACUGGAGAGGCAAGCAGCCGUACCAAUUGCUUCAACACAUCAAGCAUUGCACAUCGUACUCGACAAGGAUCACGGAGUUACUCCGUACAUCACAGGAUAUCUACUGAAAUUGCUAGUUUGUCUGGUCAGCAACAUGUUGGUCUACUUCAAAAGAAAAGAAGCAACGAUUGUUUAUAUCCACAAAUUAAUGUCAUGCCUGACGAAAUGUCUGGUGACAACAAUCAAAAUUCAAUCAGGUGGCUACUGCUCCCUUCCAAGAUGUUGUCAUGCAUGGUGUUGAAAGAGGAAUGCAGGCUAGCCUGGUUUCAUAGUUCUCAGCCUAUGACAAGAAGCCGAUCCUCUGAAUUACGGAGGAAGUAUGUUGCCAUGCAAAAUGCUCAAACUACAGCUGGUUUGGAAGGCCUGCAGACUGCUUCAGGGAAUUGCCCCAAUGUAGUUAAACAAGAAUUUGCAUUUUCAAAUGCUUUCAAUGAUCCUUCUGUUUGUGAGGUAACCAAUCAAUUGGGGACCUUCAUUUCUCCGUCCAAUUCAUCAUCAUCCACUUUCAACACCCCACAAAUGAGUGACAUGGAUAAAGUUUCAUCCGUGGUGAGCAUGCUAAAGGGUACAUUAGAGCGCAAAAAGCUUAGUAACCAGAUCGAAAAAGAAGGUGUAGAAGAUGAUAGCUCCAAUGGCCUUUUCUCUGCUCAAGAAAUUAUAGUCAACACUGGUUUUGAUCAAGGGCAAGGGGAUGGAAUUCAUGAAAUGGCAGGAACUUUUCAGGAAGUAUCCACUAUCCAAGUUAACGAUCAUAGAAUUACACAAAACGUUGAAGGAUCCCUGGAUCUUGAGAUGGAAGGUUUUGUAAAUCUCAGAAACCCCAACCCCUUAAGCAGAAACUCUCAAGAACCUUCCCAAAGUGAAUCAUCUGCUGCUGCACCAGUAGUUUCAUCUGGCUUUGAUGCGUGUGAUGGUCCCAGCAAUUCAAGUCAAACACUGAGCAUUUGCGAAAGUUCAAUGAAACAAGCUGGAAAUAGGAGUUCAGAAAACGGCUCUAGAUCUAAAGAUUUCAGAGAACGGAUAAUUGGAAAUUUGAAAGAUGAUCAAAAGAGUCAUGGCAUUCUCUCUAACCCACAAAAAGGUUGUGCAGUGGACAAGGAGGAUGCUACAAAAAAACGCAGGGUGGAGAGGUCUCGCAAAAUGGCAGAGGCAAAGGAAAGGAAUUCAACUCCAGUAAUUCCAUCAGAUAUACAAUCUGUCUUGAAGCGGUGUGAAAAUCUUGAAAAGGAAGUGCGAUCCCUCAAACUUAACUUGUCCUUCAUGAAUAGGAAGGAUUCUGAGCAAACUAAGCAGAUAGAGGAGCUGCAGAAGGAAAAUGAAGACCUCACGGACGAAAAAGAGCGACUCCUAGAGGAGAUAGAGAGGAUCCUUUCAGAAACUGGCAAGAUUUGA